AUGACUGAAACAACAAGAGUAGAGUUUGCUGUAAAGAUUAAAGGCAGUGAAUGUGUGGAGAAAAUUAAGAAUAAGCUGAGAGAGCAGGCAAAGUUAUCAGAAUCCAGUAUCAAUACGGUUAUCGACGAUAAUGAAGCAAGAAUAGUAAUUGAUUCAUGUUUAGCUUGGGUAACACUUCAUGAAAUUAUAGAAUCUUGUGGAUUAGAGUCAGCGCUUGUUGGUUUUAGUGAUCAGUCAGCUGUAGGAAUUAUUGAUAAAGGAAACAUCACAGAAAUCAAAGGAGUUUUUAGAUUUUGCAGCAUUCCAAAUAAAAAAGGUAUAGUCAUUGACGGUGUUAUUGAUGGCUUAGCUAAGUCCAAAGAUCAUUUUGUAAGCAUUUAUGAGUAUGGAGACAUCAGUGAUGGAUGUAAGAAUUUAGGAGAAGUUUAUCAGAAUGCAACAUAUAGCAUUAAAUCCAGUGACACAGGAAGAUUAGCAAUUAGAACAAUCGACAAUAAUCUAUCAAUUCCAGACCUUAUUGGACGUGGAGUUUGCAUUUCAGAUUCACAGAAUCAGAAAUUAUCAUGUGGACUUAUUUCUCGAUCUGCUGGAAUUUUUCAAAAUUUUAAAAGAAUUUGUGUCUGUUCUGGAAAGUUACUUUGGGAAGAAAGAGAUUUACAGAACAUCGUUCGCUCCUGA